ACUUAAACAGGUAAGAUGUGGAUUCAGCCACGUCGAAACACGGGUUUCUAGAGCGUGUUGGUAUUAUAAUAUCCCGUAGUUUAUUGUAAAAUAGAGGAUAUUUGUGAAAUGUCACGAAUGGAGGUAAGUCAGUUACAACAAGUCAGGUCGAAUUAGGACUUUUUUUCUGUGGAUCUAUAGGAACAUGAACGGAGCUCCAGUGGAUUUAUCCUUCAAACACUUCAGCAGUUUGUCAGAUGCAUGGACAGAGGAACCCAGCAGCAGUCUGCGACCUUUAAAGAGAAAUUCAAAGAAGAAGUACCUGAGCUGCUCCAUGCGUCUCAACAACAACAACAUCACUGACCUUCAUGACCUCCAUGCGACUUUUGGCCACUUCCUGGCUGAGCCAUCGCAGCUCGCCUGGCUGGACCUCUCCUUCAACAAUAUAUCACACAUAGAUAAAGUUUUGUGCGAACUGCUGGAACUGCGUGUGUUAUAUCUCCACGGCAAUGGGCUUUUUAUUCUGUCAGAGGUGGACAGGCUGGGAGUGCUACCACGUCUGCAUACCAUCACUCUGCACGGAAAUAUGAUAGAAACCAACAAAGCUUACAGGAGUCGCGUGAUUUCUGCUCUGCCUCGGUUAAAGACGAUGGACUUCAGUGCUGUGACACGCCAGGAGCGAGUCAUGGCUAAGAUUUGGUCUCAGAGCCACAGACGCAGCAGAGAGACUCUCCAGUGACCGCUGACUCGCCUCCGUCGUGGUCUGUUGAAACCAGCUUCGCCCAAAUGUACUGCUGUCUUCAAUCAGCUGCUGGAAAACCUCAUGUAUUGUGUUUGUAUAUCUGAAGUGAAACCAGCCACUUAUCUUUUUUGUUGUUAUUUGCUGUGAUUAACAGUUUAUUAUUGGAUGGUCCAAAGAAACCCUUUACAGAUGAUAAAAGACUACAUUAAGACACUUUAUUGCUGAUCAUUUAAGUGACAGGGAGGAAGUUUCCCUGAGCCAUCCCGCCAUAGUGGCCGUGACAUACUUUAGAUGUCUGUGAAUGAUUUGAUUUUGUUGUUUCAAACAUGGAUUUGGGUUCUGUAAUAUCUUUAUAAAUGAUCAUGCAUCUCAAGUGUAGCACACUGGAUAUUAACCUUAAUGAAGUUUCAUUACUGAAUCUACCACUUUGGUGUUAACAGCAUAUGGAUGUAAGAUUUUAUAAGACACCUGUGUUAUGUUGAAAAACUUUAAUGAAUUAAAACAAAACAAAACAGAAAUCUUAAAACUUUUUGGUACUAGCCUAAAGAUAUUACACAUCUAAAAGAAAUGCAGAGUACCCUUUGCAAAAAGCUCAAAUGGACCGUGUGCUUGAUUGAUCACGGCCUUGCAGCUCAUCCCUUUAGAGGCUCCAGAGCGGCUCACCAGAGUCAACACACAAAUAAAUAAUCACAAAAAGGUCUCCGAUAAUUUUAUCUGCCGUGGUACAUAUAUUGUUAAGAGCUCACCCACACUGCAACAAUGGUUAGUUUCUGAUUAAAAGGAAUAACUCAAUCAUAUUACAAUCUGCAGCAGAAAGCUUCGUUUAAAAGCCAACAGAUGCAGUCCUUAAAAGGUUUCUUGCGUUUGAUAAAAACAUUUAUUUACCGCCAAAAGAUCUUCGCCAAUUCCUGACAAUCAACUCUACUAAAAGAGGAACAUCAUACAAGCCAUCAUGUUUUUAUAGUCCAUCAGAAUAUUCUGUACAAAGGCGGCAUGAAUACAUACAAUAUCGGUCACUGCACCCUUCACACAUCAACCCCCUCCGUCUGUCUGUCUGCCUCCACUGCUAUUAAAUAUUGAGUUAUUUCAA